GGCAGGCAGGGAGGUGUGCAAUAAAAGGGCACAGGGAUGCAGAAAAGCUGGACCGGCAGGUUUGCCUCACUGCUCUCCUCUUCUCUCCUCGGCCUCUCCUCCUGCCUUCGGACGGCGGUGUCAGGAUGCUGCGCGUAUUCUCUUAUCUCAGCUCCGAGGUCGACUGGUGCGAAGCGAACUUCGAGCACUCGGAGUACAUCGCCGAAUAUUACAACACGAUCAGCAACGUCGCCUUUUUCCUCCUGGCGCCCACGAUGUUAUGGCUGAACACCGAUUACAUCGCCUACCGUCCCACACCGAUUCGGGGCUUUGUCAUCUUGCAAAUCUUCAUCGGCUUCUUCUCCUUGUACUACCACAUGACUCUGAGCUACGCAGGGCAGCUCCUGGAUGAGCUCUCCAUCCUCUGGACCAUGUGCAUCUCUUACGCCUUCUGGUUCCCCGUCCGCUAUUUCCCCGGAUUCAUCAAAAAUAGGGACCAGUUCAUCACCUUUGUGGCCAUGGUGACGGUGACCAGCACCUUCAUGUCCUUUGUGAAACCGGCCCUCAACGCUUACGUCCUCAACUGCGUGGCUUUCCACCUGCUCUAUCUGGCGUACCAGGAAGUGCGAAGGUGCAGCAGCCCUGCGGUCAGACGCGCGGCCGUGACCAUGACCUUCUGGUGGGUCAUCGCCAUCAGCUGCUGGCUUGUGGACAAGUUUUUCUGCAGCUUCUGCCAAAAGCUCAACUUUUGCUACCUUCACAGCUUCUGGCACGUCUUCAUCAACAUCGCCCUGCUCCACUGCAUCACCCUGAUCCUCUUCUUCGACAUCUACCACGACCUGCCCAGCAGCGAGCCCGCGAUGGAGUUCUGGCCCAGCAAUACCUUCCCCAUCACGCUGCCCUACGUCACCGUCCGGAAGCCCCUCAAGUGGUGCUAGCGGGGCGGCGAGGAGGAGGGCAGCUGGGGGGCUGGCGACAGGGGCCACCCCCACUGGGUUCCCCCGCACCGAGACCUGCAGCUAUUUAUGGGGGCCUCUGGGGCCGGGCUCAGGGAGGGUGGCUGGGCCGUGCGCAGCCCCCAGUCGCCCCUGGCACGUUGCACCUGCUUACCGGCCUGCCUCUAAAUCAGCAGCUGCGCCUGCAGAUGCAAAAGACAAAUCAAAGCCCAGAAAUUCACCUUAAACCCGUUUUUUUCCCCCUCCUGAAAGCUAUUUUUCUCCCCAAAAGCAGCUGAAAAGCAUUUUGAGACCUUCAAAUGGUGGCAAAGCUGGAAGCCGGCUGCAACAGGCUGGAGUGAGCGGGCAGGGCCAGCCGGGAGCAGGUCUGGCGAGGGCCCAAUGCCUCGGGCAUCCUCGUCUCGCCUCCGCUGGAAGCCGUCCAGCUCAAGGUACGGUCUAAAAAGUCAAGACGGCGGCCACAACGGGGUGAUCGAAACUCGGCCUGUUUCUUAGGUGCACCGCAGGCACCAUCUUGACUUUUUUGACUCCAUCCCGCAGACGCCCCCAUUGGGCGCGCUGUCUCAGUCGGGCCAGACUGAGAAAGCUUUUUCUAACCUUUAAUCAGAAUCUGCCUUCCUGUAACUUAAACCCACAACUCCAAGUUCUUCCCUCUGGAACGAGAAGAAAAGCAAGGACUCGAUCUUCUUGGCGCGAUUGUCGCACGCAUUCUGCGGGAUCCUUUCAGAGGGCUGCCAACCUUGCCCGCUUCUCUUGGCUGAGCCCGCCCAGCUCCUCCCGUCUCUCUUUCUCUAGGACUUUGUGUCUGAUGGCCCGGCCGCCCUCCUCGUCCUGCUCUGAAUGUGCCCCAAUUUCUUUGAAUUGUUCUUAUCUGGACUCAGAAUGGAUGUAGGGACUUUGGGGCGGGGCA